CCCUCUCCUCCCCUUCCGCAGCGCUGCGAUUCGGGGCGCCGCCGCCAGAGCCGGGCCGCGCGAUGGGCAGCCGCGGGCAGCCGCUGCCGCGCCGUCAGCCGCCGCGCCGAGGGGGCUCCCGCGGGGCCGCGGGGGGCUCAGGCACCGAGGGGUAGCGGCGGAGCUCGCCACGGGACGCGCCGCCGCCUCGCUGCUCUGCGCGGAGGCUCCGGAGAGCGUGUGCGCCCGGAGGACAGCACAAUAGCCGGGAGGAGGAGACAGGGAAAGGGGCAGGGGGAAAGGAGGAGAGAGAAAGAGAAAGCAUAACACGGGGGCUGGCGGGGGGAGGACGGAGCGGAGGACUCCUGAGCGUGGCUGCGCUGAGGACCGUGCCCAGGACGGCGGCGGCUGGAGGUGGGUGGGUGGGGGGCGAUAUUUACCUUCCUUCCCCCGCCCCGAGCCUGCUCCUUUGUCCACCCACUUUGAAGUGCUCUGGGAUCGCCGGGGUUGGGAGCAUUGUUGUUCGCUAGCAAAGGAUCAGUCAUGCCGGGGAGAGAGUAGCGAGCGUACGGGGGGCUGGGGCCAGCAAAAGCUGGAGGAGAGGCAGCUGCCGAGGAUUGCCGUUUGCCUCCCAGUUUCCCUGCAUGGACCGUGAAAGAGACGCAUUGAGUUGACCCUGCCGGAGCUGUUUCUGCUUCUACAUGUGAGAUCCGGUUGGUUUAUUCUCUCCACCUAUCUCCAGCCUCCUUCCCCUAUUCUCCACUUACUUCUGUAUGCAAAAUGGUGGACCCUGUGGGGUUUGUGGAGGCUUGGAAAGCACAAUUUGCAGACUCUGAGCCUCCUAAAAUGGAGCUGAAAUCUGUGGGAGACAUUGAACAGGAGCUGGAGAUGUGCAAAGCAUCUAUCCGGAGACUGGAGAUGGAGGUCAACAAGGAGAGGUUCCGCAUGAUUUACCUGCAGACUCUUCUGGCAAAGGAGAAAAAAAGCUAUGAUAGACAGAGAUGGGGUUUUAAACGUGUUUCUCAGUUGCCUGAAGGGGGUGCAGAGCAGCAGAUCCAGGACCCGCAUCAUCAGCAGUCUGCUGACCAAGACGAAUAUGAAAAAAGCAAGUCACACCAUGGGGAGGAAAAGUUCAAACCCAGAAUACCCUCUCUGCGGAAACUGUCUACCCAGAGCGAUGGGUCAGACCUGUCACCUUUGGACAGCCCCCAUCAUGGAGAGGGAGAGCAGGACAGGUGUAAGUACUAUGGUGAAGAGAAACUGAAGAGAGUUGUAGAAGAUAUGGAGAAUCGCUGUGAUACAGAUGGCUCUCCUUCAAAACACAGAUCGGCUUCCACGCGCAGGCUAGUGGGAUCUGCUGAGAAGGAGGGAUCGUUUGAACCUGUUUCUAAGGAGAGAGGGAACAGCACCAGUGUGGCAGCCCUAAGGUCCAAUUUUGAGAGGAUUAAAAAGGUUAAUUCACAUUCUUCUGGAGAUAACAAGGAUGUUGUUGAAAAGCCCUUUUACGUAAACAUGGAGUAUCAUCAUGAGAAGGGUCUGGUAAAGGUCAACGAUAAAGAUGUUUCUGAUAAAAUAAGCUCCCUUGGUAGCCAAGCCAUGCAAAUGGAACGUAAAAAGUCUUUGCACUCCCUGCCUUCUAACAUGGUACCCAGCUUCAGUGAGUUCCAGAGGCCUGCUUACAGGGGAAGGUCCUCAGAGAGCAGCUUUGGCUAUGAUGGAGAAUAUGAGGAUGCUGAACUGAACCCUAGGUUUCUCAAAGAUAAUCUAAUAAAUGCAAAUGGCAGCAACCGCUCACCUUGGCAGCCCAUGGACUUUCAACCCUAUCAGAGUAUCUAUGUUGGUGGAAUGAUGGGGGAAGGAGAAGGGAAAGGACCUAUUCUGCGAAAUCAGGGCACAACUGACCAGGAAAAACAUCUCACGUGGCCCAGGAGAUCUUACUCCCCCAGGAGUUUUGAAGAUAUUGGAGGAGGAUAUACUCCCGAUUGUAGCUCUAAUGAGAACCUUACCUCCAGUGAGGAAGACUUCUCCUCAGGGCAGUCCAGCCAUGUCUCCCCCAGCCCCACCACUUACCGCAUGUAUCGGGAUAAGAGCCGUUCUCCCUCCCAGAACUCUCAGCAGUCCUUUGACAGUAGCAGUCCACCAACCCCCCAGUCUCAAAAACGGCACAGGCAGCAGCAGGUCAUUGUGUCUGAGGCUACUAUUGUGGGUGUACGAAAAACAGGACAGAUCUGGCCAAGUGAUGGAGAUUUGCCUUCUGGGAGAUGUCAUCAGGACAGCUGCUUCCAUGGGGAUACAGAUGCUUCAUUCAGUGGCACGCCACCUAGCUAUGCGUAUGAUGCAGACCGUGCUGAAGAGCAGAGACGACAUCAUGAUAUGAUGCCCUAUAUUGAUGACUCACCAUCCUCCUCACCCCAUCUCAGUUCCAAGAGUCGAGGCAGCCGAGACACCUUAUCUUCAGGGUCUCUGGAAUCUACAAAAUCAAGUGAACCAGACCUGGAAAAAGGCCUGGAGAUGAGAAAAUGGGUCCUGUCCGGAAUCCUAGCCAGUGAGGAAACCUACCUGAGCCACCUGGAGGCUCUGCUGCUGCCCAUGAAGCCUUUGAAAGCAGCUGCCACCACCUCUCAGCCUGUGCUGACUAGUCAGCAGAUUGAGACAAUAUUUUUCAAAGUGCCUGAGCUCUAUGAGAUCCACAAAGAAUUCUAUGAUGGGCUCUUUCCCCGAGUGCAGCAGUGGAGUCACCAGCAACGUGUAGGGGAUCUCUUCCAAAAGUUGGCCAGCCAGCUGGGAGUGUACCGGGCCUUUGUGGAUAACUAUGAAGUUGCUAUGGAGACAGCAGAGAAAUGCUGCCAAGCCAACGCUCAGUUUGCUGAAAUCUCUGAGAAUCUAAAGGCUAGAAGCACAAAGGAAUCUAAAGAUCAGACGACGAAAAAUUCCUUGGAAACUCUGUUAUACAAGCCAGUGGAUCGAGUGACUCGCAGCACACUUGUCCUGCAUGAUUUGCUCAAGCACACUCCAGUGAGCCACCCUGAUCAUCCACUCCUGCAGGAUGCUCUGCGGAUCUCACAGAACUUCCUCUCCAGUAUCAAUGAGGAGAUCACUCCUCGUCGGCAGUCCAUGACUGUAAAGAAGGGGGAGCACCGGCAGCUGCUGAAGGACAGUUUCAUGGUGGAGCUGGUUGAGGGGGCUCGUAAGCUACGUCAUGUCUUUCUUUUUACUGAUCUGUUCCUGUGUGCCAAACUCAAGAAGCAGAUUGGAGGAAAAAGCCAGCAAUAUGACUGCAAAUGGUACAUCCCACUCACUGACCUUAGUUUCCAAAUGGUGGAUGAGUCUGAAGCAGUGCCCAAUAUCCCACUGGUGCCGGAUGAGGAACUGGAUGCCAUGAAAAUCAAGAUAUCCCAGAUCAAGAAUGACAUCCAGCGUGAAAAGAGGGCCAAUAAAGGCAGCAAGGUCAUUGAGAGGUUGAAAAAGAAGCUCUCAGAGCAGGAAUCCCUCCUACUGUUGAUGUCUCCCAACAUGGCCUUCCGGGUACACAAUCGCAAUGGCAAGAGUUACACGUUCCUCAUUUCUUCGGACUAUGAAAGGGCAGAAUGGAGGGAGAACAUCCGGGAACAGCAGAAGAAAUGCUUUAAAAGUUUCUCACUCACAUCGGUGGAGCUCCAGAUGCUGACAAACUCCUGUGUGAAGCUUCAGACAGUCCACAACAUUCCCCUCACUAUAAAUAAGGAAGAUGAUGAAUCCCCAGGUCUCUAUGGAUUCCUGAAUGUCAUUGUCCACUCUGCCACAGGAUUCAAGCAAAGUUCAAAUUUGUACUGCACAUUAGAAGUGGAUUCUUUUGGGUAUUUCGUGAACAAGGCUAAAACUAGAGUUUACAGAGACACCACGGAGCCCAAUUGGAAUGAGGAGUUUGAGAUUGAGCUGGAGGGCUCACAAACUCUGCGGAUUCUGUGCUAUGAGAAGUGCUACAACAAAACUAAGCUCACCAAAGAGGAUGGAGAGAGUACAGAUCGCAUAAUGGGGAAAGGACAGAUCCAGCUGGACCCACAGGCAUUGCAGGACAAAGACUGGCAACGCACAGUCAUCUCAAUGAAUGGAGUUGAAGUGAAGCUGUCAGUAAAGUUUACCAGCCGGGAGUUUAGCCUGAAAAGGAUGCCAUCCCGGAAGCAGACUGGGGUUUUUGGGGUCAAGAUCGCUAUUGUCACCAAGAGGGAGAGAUCAAAGGUGCCUUACAUAGUGCGCCAGUGUGUGGAAGAGAUUGAGCGGCGUGGAAUGGAAGAGGUGGGCAUCUACCGUGUCUCUGGGGUUGCAACCGAUAUCCAAGCUUUGAAAGCUGCCUUUGAUGUCAAUAACAAAGACGUGUCAGUGAUGAUGAGCGAGAUGGAUGUUAACGCCAUUGCAGGCACCUUGAAACUGUACUUCCGGGAACUGCCUGAACCCCUCUUUACGGACGAACUGUACCCCAACUUCGCUGAGGGCAUUGCACUUUCAGAUCCUGUCGCAAAGGAAAGCUGUAUGUUGAAUCUAUUGUUAUCGCUUCCAGAACCCAACCUUGUGACAUUCCUUUUCCUUUUGGACCAUUUAAAAAGGGUUGCUGAGAGGGAAAGCGUUAACAAGAUGUCCCUGCAUAACCUUGCAACUGUCUUUGGACCAACACUGCUCAGACCUUCAGAGAAGGACAGUAAAAUCCCCGCGAACCCGACCCAGCCUAUCACAAUGACCGAUAGUUGGUCACUGGAAGUCAUGUCCCAGGUUCAAGUUCUUCUGUACUUCCUGCAGCUAGAGACUAUCCCUACCCCAGACAGCAAGAGGCAAAGCAUUCUCUUUUCCACAGAGGUGUAGGUUUCUGCGAUACCAACAGGACAGAAAAAAACUGCUCUUGGCAUAAACCCGCCUCACCCGAGGAAAAGACGACUGGUGUUUCUUCAGACAUUACUGGCCUGUUCCUGUCCUGGGGAAUUACGGCCCUCAGUGCUUCUGCUGUGUGUUAACCAGAGACAAGCUGAAGAGAAAGGAGAAGAAUCUCUACUCCUGUUUGGUAGGACCAGAACUGAACUGGAGAUGGAGCUGUGCAGAAUCUCCACUAGAAGGAGCAAUAGACACUUGAACAAAUGCACCACAGAGUGUGGCUAUUAUUCUUGUUGGGAAUGUGACAGAAGGUAUUCCUCAUUUUAUGGAUUUAAUUUAUCAUAAAGAAACUUCCAAGAUUUCUACUGGACCACUUGAUAGGAUAUGCCUUUUUGGGUGAGGGGGAGUUAAAGGAUAUAUCACAACUGUGUCUUUAAUAACUGCUGUUUUUAAAGUACUGUUCUGGGCCACAAAAAUAGCAUUGCUUUGCAAGAGGAGAGAAGGGAAGGGUCUGGGAUCUAAGAUUCCCUCCUCAGAAAUUGAAGUCUUGAUUUGAACAGAGUUCUAAAGAAAUGAAACAGUUUUGUGUACAACUAGAACUGUUGGUUUGUUUGGGUUUUUUUCUCUCUCUUCUUUUUCCUUUUUUUUUUUCUUUUUUUUUUUUUUUUGUCUCACUCACCCCUUCCCUUGCAAAAGUUUAUACAGCUCUAGGGAAGGAGAUGCUCUGCUCUUGCCUGUGUUGCACUUCUGAUGGGUUUUUUGGGGUUAAGGGAGCCAGACCCAAUGAUGUUACACUAUAAAUAAAUAUAGCAAAUUAAAGAGAGGCAGGGAGGAUUAGAAUCAGUGAUUCUGUUUGUGAUUCUGUUGUUUGUUUGCAUAUAAAUGCAGAGGCAGGAUUGCUAAAUUCCUGUGCCCCCACCAAACUUACUGAAAAUUAAUUGGAAAGACUAUUAAUUCCCAACACUCCAACGAAAAGGUGUUACUACUGCAAAAAUAAUUGACGCAUUUGUGGACACAAAAAAAUAACAAACAGUGGCUAUCAGUUGGGCUGGCUGCUUACUCCAGACUUGUAUCAGAACAUCCCUUUUUUUUUUUUUUUUUUUUUUUUUUUCUUUCUCCGAUACUUGAAUUUUUGGAGGCUUUGUACAUUGCUUCUACAGGAGUCUUUUUCUGAUAGAUACAAAUACUUCGAUAGAAUGUGUCAGAAUGUACUUUACAGACAAUCUAGCGAGUAUUCUCCAGAAAUUCCAACCCUGUUGUAAGAGCAGUGAAGAAAUUUCUAUGGAACUACAUAGAGCAGUACGCAAGGUCUAGCCAAAUACCAGAUUUGUGUUUCCCUGCCUAAAUCGGGUGAAGCCACAGGGUUACACUGGCGUACAGGACAGCAGUAUUUGUCUAGGGAUCUGGAGGGAAACUGUGACUGCUGCUAUCCAGAGCAAAGUGUCCUGGCUGUGAAGCAGUUGUGCCAAACAUCUUGGCAGGGUGGGAGCGAGUCCAUUUUCACAAACUACUCCGGCCUCCUUUACGUUCUACCCAGUUAUGCAGCAUCCAUGUAGUGGCAUCUGUCCAUCAUCAUCCUGGCAAGAAGAAAAGUACAGCCUGAAGACAAGGGAAGGAAUCGGCAUGAGAAGGGGAGGGAGGGACAGAUUUUGAAAGAUUGGUAGUUAUGUUGUCAAUGUCAUUUGAGGGGAAGUACGAUAAAGAAAGCAACCCCUGUUAUGCUGAAUUUCACAUUUUCUGAUGGGUGAUCUGCAGCCUCUCAAAAAAAAAAAAUAAAAUUACAAAGGAGUCUUUCAAACAAAUGGAAAGAAAAAAAUUAAAGGGAAACAAUUUUGUAGUCACUGUAAUUCUGACUGCUGCAUAAUAUUAGAAAUUAUUGUACUGUGAAGUUGCAAACUCAGAAAGGAAGAAAUAUAAAUUUCAGUUUUGUGAGUAUAUCAAUAUUUUGCAUGCUUUGUAAGGAUUCUUAUAGGAAUUUAAUAUUGCUUAGUAACCCUCCCUCCUUAGGUCUGGGAGCAAACCUCUUUGUAAUGUAAUGUACAUCUAGAAAUUCCUUCUCUUUGUAUGUAUUCCCACUACAUUCCAACUUCUGAACCCAUGAAACAGAAAAAGUGUCUGUAGUAGAAGGUGCUUUUUGGAGGAGGGAGGGAAUGAAGGCAAGGAAACUUGAAGGCUUAAGAUUUUGUAUUUUUUUUUUAUUAUUUUGCCUUUUUUGAAGGUAAAAUUUAGUCACAAUCCUGAAAAACUCUGACUUAAGAAAAGUCACGCAGACCAGUGAACCACACUCUAUGGGUUGUUUGUUAAUGUAUCUGUUCUCAUUUUUACAUAGUGGUUCUAUAGCAGUCCUUUUACUGCAAGCUGCACACCCGUCUGUUCCAAGCUGUGUGUGACACAUCUGAGGCAGCAGCACUGUUGAUAACUUCACGUAAAAGGAAAAAAUAACAUCAACCAAACUACACCAGGUGGUUGGGGGAUAGCCUUUUCCUUUCGGUGUUUGGAAUCUGUGGCUGCUCUUUGCAGUGUUGAAACUGGAAAGCAAUACCAUAAUGACUGUGCCAAUUUACUUUUGCCCGAUUUUUUAAUUUUUAUUUAUAUAGGAAGUAAUUUUAAUAUUAAAUUACUGAUCUAUAGUAUGUAACCACGAGAAAAUUGCUUUUGCUUUGGUUACUGUUACUAGUUGUUGCUUUUAGUCUCUCAUUACAAUGCUCAGUUCUAAUGUAACAUUAUCUAACAUGCAGGCAUGUGGAUCAGGGAAAAAAGUUAAUUUAACGUAACCCAUUAAUUAUUUCUGUUAAGUAUGAAUAUGUUUUCCCCAAAGCUGGUAAUUUUGGGCUGGAAAAGAUAGCACAUCUUAUUGCUGAUGAUGAAAUCGUGGACUGAUUUGAAAUACGAGAAUUGAUUUCUUGAAUUUCCUUUGAUUUUGCAAUUAAGAUUUUUUUCAAAUAGUCUUAUGUUUUGAGAAAUUAAGUAUUUCCAGAAGGCUUUUAUGUUUUUUUCCCAGGGAUGUUGGCUGGGUUUUGUUGGUGGGUUUUGUUUUGUUGGGUUUUUUUUACUUUGCUAUUUUUUUAAUAAGCCUUACCAUACUUAAACAAAAAGGGAAUUGCAAAACUUGGUUUUAGAGAAGGCCUUCUGAUUUCUACUCAUAUAUUCCCUUGCGAGUUGCGUCAGAAAACCUAACUCUUCCAUUUUCUGUAUCAAAAAGGUACAAUAUAAACGAUGUAAGAGCAAACUAGGAAGAAAUUGCCCUUUACAUAUGUACUGGGAGUUUAUGCUCUUGCGGUUUCUAGUGUAUUGGAGAGACCUUUCUAAAAAUGUAGCUUUCAGUAACAGGAAUUUGAAAUGUUGAAAUUUUCAACUGAAGAAAUUCAAGUUAUUAGAAUAGUCUGUGUGUCUCCAGUUUGAGGAGAGGAAUAAGGAUCAGUUUCCUGGCAUUUAGAAACUAUUUAAAAUGCUCAUGUUUGUGGUUUGGUUGGUUUUUUUCAAAACUGGAUAGGUUUUUAAGUGAAAUUAAAAAAAGUUAAGUAAAGCAAACUAUGGGAAAAGUUUUCAAAGAUGGACAAGAAAUAACAGUUACUAGAUCAGCUUCAGCUUUGUGUUUGUGUGUGCUUUGUAUGGGAGGGGAGUGUCUGAAACCAAAUCAAAACACAUCCAUUAAAAAUGCUGCUGGUGUUCUUUAUUCUUGCACAAUUUUUAACAAGUUGAGGUAGUAGCUAAGCUAUUUCAGGCUGUAUUGUAAUGCUGCUAUUUUUCAGUGUAUCAGCUAAGGGCAAAAUACAGCAGUGUGGUGAUUAUAUUUUGCUGAUGCCCACUGCCUGCCUCGGUUCUGACCUGCAGUUGCUAACCCAAGGCCAUCGGCGUGCACCGUCUGAAGCAAAACUGCAACUUCUUGUGUUGGCCACAAGGUGGUAGAACCACAGAGUAUGUUUAUGGGAGAUGCAGUAUUUUUACAGUUUAUUCAUUCUACCUGUUUAAAAAACCUGUUUUACGGUUGUUUAUGUUAGUUUUCUAUGAGUUUAUUUAAACAAAUGUACUGUUCUUUAAAGCAUACAUGGAUCUCCAGAUUUGUUUGUCAUCCUUGUAACACUGGAAGGCAUCACAAUGUGUCAUUUAUCUUAACGUGCCAUUCUUUCAAGUAUGUAUAGAAUGUAAAUUGACCAACAUGGCUUUUAAAAAUGUUUAAAAUCUGAUGGCAAAAAC